UUUUUCUUUAUUUCUUCCUUAAAACAUUUUUAUGGUACUAGUUAUCAGAAAUAUAUUUUGCAAAUGAUUUUAUGGUCAUUUUAAUUAAUAUUUUUAUUUGUACAGUUUAAAGCUACCAUGUCAAAUAAGGUUCCUGAAAUCGCCAAAACAUCAGUUUUGGUUAAAUCUUGUGAUUUUACAGAUUUAAAAACAAUCGUAAAAGGUUACGAUGAAUGGGAAAAAGGAGUUGAUUACCGCUCAAUACUGAAAUCAUACAUAAACUGUGGUUUUCAAUCAACAAAUUUAGGUUUAGCUAUUGAAGAAAUUAAUAAAAUGAUACAAUGUAGAAAAGAACCACUUCCUUCUGAUACUUGCAUCAAUGAAGAAGACCCUUUUAUUGCAAUAACAAAUAACUGUACCUUAUUUUUGGGGUACACUUCCAACAUUGUUUCAAGUGGAUUGCGAGAAACAUUAAAAUUUCUAAUAAAAAAUAAAAUGAUUGAUUGUUUAGUUACCACGGCUGGUGGCAUUGAGGAAGAUUUUAUAAAAUGUUUAGCUCCAACAUUCAUUGGUGAUUUUAAUUUAGAUGGUGUUAUGCUUAGAGAAAAGGGAAUCAACAGAAUUGGCAAUUUAUUAGUACCAAACAACAAUUAUUGUAAAUUUGAAGAUUGGGUUUUGCCAAUUUUAGAUGAAAUGGUUAAAGAACAAAUGGAAAACAGAAUUGUUUGGUCACCAAGCACAAUUAUAGCAAAGUUAGGUGAAAAAAUUAAUAAUGAAGAAAGUAUUUAUUAUUGGGCUGCUAAAAAUAAAAUCCCAGUGUUCUGCCCUGCUUUAACUGAUGGAAGUUUGGGAGAUAUGAUAUUUUUCCAUUCAUUUAAAAAUCCUGGACUUAUUAUUGAUAUAAUCUCAGAUUUGAAACGUCUUAAUAUGAUGGCUAUCAACGCUAAACAUACUGGAAUGAUAAUAAUUGGAGGAGGGGUUGUAAAACACCAUAUAUGUAAUGCUAAUUUAAUGAGAAAUGGAGCAGAUUAUUCAGUAUUUAUAAAUACAGCAUCAGAAUUUGAUGGUAGUGAUGCUGGGGCAAGGCCAGAUGAAGCAAAGUCGUGGGGAAAAAUAAAAAAAGAAGCGAGUCCCGUGAAGAUAUAUGCUGAAGCAACUCUUGUUUUUCCUCUAAUAGUUGGUGAAACAUUUGCCAAAGAUUUUCACGAAAAUAAUAAUAAUCAAAAGUUACAAGUGUAAAGAUAAAUAAAAUUACUUUUUACCUUUAAACAUAUAUUUGCAAUAAAAGGACAUAUGAAAGUACAAACUUAA